AUGGAGCACCCUCCCGCUUCCAGGGGUGUGAUGCAAAAGCUCCUCACUGCUCUACUGGGACAGCGAGUCCCGAUUCCGCCUUUAGGUCCCAAUUAUCACCCGGAUAUGCAACAGACCCUCUCUUUUCUAUCCAAGAACACCCGUGCUAUCGUGAGUAACAUAAGCACUUUCAACAGUUUUCAACAACCUUUCGCAGCCUUUCCAGCUUUGAAUCUGAUGAGCCAAACUCUGCUGUUCAUUUUUCCAUUAAGGUUGUAUAAUAACUGA